UUAGAAAAAUUCCCUAAAUGGUCAGAAUUUCAAAGUUCAGUGACAUAUGCGUAUUGAUAUGUACUAUAAAUGUACAACUUACCUUAAAUAUCCCAAAUAUAUCUGCUCCGCACAGUAUUCGGCAACAUAUCCUACAAUGGCAUUUAAAUGAAAAGAAUUUCCAGCACCACAACUCUUCAACUUUUGCUCCGUUCAUUCAUUGUUGUGUAGCUAAUGGUGUUUCUGCUGCAGUUGGUUUGGAAAACUUGCAAUAUCGAAAAAGCUAUCAUCGAUAUCACUUUUUAAAUAUUGUAUCGGCACUAUCGAUAUUAACACCGAUAGUUUGUCACCUCUACAGAUGAAGCAACAGCAACAAAUAAUAACAACUCCGCAGUAAACAAUAAAUUAAUUACUUGAAUUUCUGAAUUACUUGCGCAAAAUGUCAGCCGAUCAAAUACAAUAUUCCGAGAAAUAUUUCGAUGCUGUCUAUGAAUAUCGACAUGUUAUUCUCCCGGCAGAAUUGACCAAACUUGUACCCAAAUCCCAUUUGAUGACAGAGACUGAGUGGCGUAAUUUGGGUGUUCAACAAAGUCCUGGCUGGGUACACUAUAUGAUGCAUGCACCGGAACCACAUGUGAUUUUGUUUCGACGACCACGUACAGACUUGCCUGAUCCUGCUUCAACGACAUCGGCCGCUGCGUCGGGCACAUCCAACAACCCGGAUGCCUCAAAGAUCACCAAUAACGUUUCAGUUCAAGGUUAGACGGAUAACCUUUUCUUGCAUCCUGAUGUCUGCCAUUUAAUUAAAACAAAUCAUUUUAUGUGUGUUUUUUUUUUCUUCUUCAGUUCAUAAUGCGUUUCCAUGUUUUUUUAUUCAUUUAGUUGUGUUAAGUUUUUUUUUUUUGUACCAGAUCUUACCUCAUUUUUUUGUAUUUGAAUAUGCAUUCACAUUGGUAAACCUUUUAAGUUAGUUAUUUUUAGUACACAAUGGAAUUAAUCCAUUGAAAAAAAGAACUCCAUAUACCUACAUACAUAUACCUAUACGAGAAAUUAAUUUCUAAAAAAAUGAAAAAUUCCAGUUCAUCUGGAAAGAAUGUAAUUUUGUAAUAUGUAGAUGUAAAAUUGUUUUUAUAAAAAAAUCUAAUAAAAAGAUAUAAAAAAAUUAAA